AUGGUGGACAAAAGUAUCUACAUUGUCCAAGGUGAAAUUACUGCUGUUGUCGGCGCUAUCAAGAGGAACUCGAGAUGGAACACCCACACUCCCUUGGAUGAAGAACAAGAUCCUUUGUUGAACAGUUUUGGCCACCUGAAGGAAGUACUCGGCAACAUAAAAGAACUAUCAACUGUUGAACCCAAUGUGUUCCUAAGACCAUUCCUCGAGGUAGUGCGCUCGGAGGAUACCACUGGACCAAUCACAGGCCUUGCCCUUACCUCGGUCAACAAGUUCUUGUCAUAUGGCCUAAUAGAUGCUAACCAUGAAGGUGCAGCUGAGGCCAUCGAGAACAUGGCAGAUGCUGUAACACAUGCUAGAUUCGUUGGAACAGACCCUGCCAGUGAUGAAGUAGUCCUAAUGAAAAUUCUACAGGUCUUGAGGACGCUGCUGUUGACGCCAGUUGGAGCCCACCUGACCAAUGAAUCUGUUUGUGAGAUAAUGCAGUCCUGCUUCCGUAUCUGCUUUGAGAUGCGGCUAAGUGAGCUCCUCAGAAAAUCAGCGGAACACGCCCUUGUUGAUAUGGUACAGCUACUUUUUUCCAGACUUCCGCAGUUUAAGGAGGAGGCCAAAAGUUAUGCUGGUGCCAGCAUGAAGAAGCUGAAGAUGCGAGCAGGUGGGAUGAGUGAGUCAUCCAAAUGGAAAAAGCAGAAACGGUCACCAAAGCCACCUCGUCACAUGGUUCGAAGUUCCUCUGGACAGAUGGACACUACCCAGUCUACGAACCUCAGUAAUACCAACCUAUCUGGCGGAGUCAUUGUCAUGGAGAAAAAAUGUUCACUUCCAGCCUCAGACAGUGCUGGCUCUUCUAUCUCAAGUCCCACUACCACAGACAGUGGUCUAGACUCCUGCUCCAAAGCCACAUCUCGGGAAGACCUCUCUGACCUGGAUCAGAGUAGCUUGUUUGCGACUACACCUGGCAAUUCUAACACACCUUUAGAUGCAGAUCCAGGUUCCUCAAAUGUACAGUCUGAAGGUAAUCCAUCUCAAUCAGCAUCAGUAGAGUCCAUUCCAGAAGUUCUUGAAGAAAAAGACUCAAUUACAGAACAAUCAAGUAGCACCUCUGUCCAUGACCUGGACUACAUAAAUCCCAGAGGUGUCCGAUUCACACAGUCCACACAGAGAGAUGGUGCAUCCCUCACCCCUUACGGUCUGCCAUGUCUAAGGGAGCUCUUCCGAUUUUUAAUCUCACUGACCAACCCCCAUGACCGCCACAACACUGAAACAAUGAUGCACAUGGGCCUACAGCUGCUUAGUGUCGCCCUAGAGUCUGCACAUUUUGUCAACUACCAAUCUUUGCUAGGGCUGAUCAAAGAUGAGCUUUGCAGACAUCUUUUCCAGCUACUGAGUAUGGACCGUAUGAACCUGUACGCUUCGUCAUUACGAGUGUGUUUCUUGCUAUUUGAGAGCAUGAGAGUGCAUCUUAAAUUUCAGCUAGAGAUGUAUCUGAAGAAACUCAUGGACAUAAUCACAUCAGAGAAUAUGAAGAUGCCCUACGAAAUGAAGGAAAUGGCUCUGGAAGCACUGGUUCAACUGUGGAGGAUCCCUAGCUUUGUUACUGAGUUGUACAUCAACUAUGACUGUGACUUCUACUGCUCUAAUCUAUUUGAAGACCUCACCAAGUUGCUGUCAAAGAAUGCAUUCCCGGUAUCAGGGCAGCUCUACACCACUCACCUUCUGUCACUCGAAGCUCUACUUACUGUGAUUGACAGCAUUGAGGCCCACUGCCAAACCAAAGUGCCAGACAACACUGCUCACCAAGACCAGUUAGAAAAACUGCUGCCGGAGGAGGAAGGUUCAAUGAAAAAUGGAACAGACGUAACCGAUAUUAUUCAAGAAGGCAGUGCAAAUGGUUUGAGUUUUCCACUAGCUGACCCUAGUCCAGGAUGCCUACCAACUAGUGGAAAUCAGAUGGCAGAAAAGAUGAAACUGUAUAGACAGGAUCAAAGCGACACUGACACUACUGAGAAGAAAACCUUGAAAAAGCCUCAGCGCUUCUCUUCAUUUAUACCCGAUUCCCAAGAGUUGCUUGAAAUAAGAACAAAGAAAAAGCUUCUGAUCACAGGAACAGAACAGUUUAAUCUGAAACCAAAGAAGGGUCUUCAAUUCCUUCAGGAGAAAGGGCUUCUCAGUAAUCCAAUGGAUAACAACCAAGUGGCCCAGUGGCUUCGAGAAAAUCCCAGAUUGGACAAAAAGAUGAUCGGGGAGUUUGUCAGUGAUCGCAAUAAUAUGGAGCUUCUAGACAGCUUUGUCAACACUUUCACAUUUCAGGGGCUUCGCAUUGAUGAGGCCUUGAGACUUUACCUAGAGGCCUUCAGGUUACCCGGUGAGGCUCCUGUCAUCCAAAGACUACUGGAAACAUUUACAGACAACUGGCAUAAAGUAAAUGGCUCCCCUUUCCUGACAAAUGAUGCGGGAUUUGCCCUGGCCUAUGCUGUUAUAAUGUUGAACACUGACCAGCAUAACCACAAUGUCCGAAAGCAGAAUAUCCCUAUGACUGUGGAGCAAUUCAAGAAGAACCUGAAGGGGGUGAAUGGAAACAAAGACUUUAACCAGGAUAUGCUUGAGGAUAUCUACAAUGCCAUCAAGAAUGACGAGAUCGUGAUGCCGGAUGAGCAGACCGGUUUAGUGAAGGAGAACUAUGUGUGGAGUGUGCUCCUACACCGUGGUGCUACACCAGAGGGGACUUUUCUUCGCCUGCCGCCUGGCAGCUAUGACCAUGAUUUAUUCACCAUGACCUGGGGUCCCACUAUAGCUGCUCUCUCCUAUGUCUUUGACAAGAGUUUGGAUGAGAACAUCAUCCAAAAGGCCAUAAUGGGUUUUAGGAAAUGUGCCAAGAUAGCAGCUCACUAUGGAUUCAAUGAUGUUUUUGAUAAUUUGAUCAUCUCGCUGUGCAAAUUCACCACUCUGAGCAGUGAGUCAGUGGAAAACCUUCCAUUUGUGUUUGGGAGCAAUGCGAAGGCACAAACAGCUGCCAAGACAGUGUUUGAUCUUGCACAUCAGCAUGGCAACAUCCUAAGAGAGGGCUGGAAGAACAUCCUGGACUCCAUGCUACAGCUGUUCAGAGCUGAACUCCUACCAAAAGCAAUGGUUGAGGUGGACGAUUUUCUUGAGCCAAAUGGAAAGAUAUCACUUCAAAGAGAGGAGACGCCUUCUAAUCGUGGGGAGUCAGCAGUGUUGAGUUUUGUGAACUGGCUGACUUUGAGUGGAGCUGAACAGUCUGGUCUUCGAGGACCAUCUAUGGAAAAUCAGGAAGCCAAACAGGCAGCCAUUCUGUGCAUAAAGCAAUGUGACCCAGAGAAGAUGAUUACAGAGAGCAAGUUCCUCCAGCUUGAGUCUUUACAGGAGCUAAUGAAGGCAUUGAUAUCAGUUACCCCUGAUGAAGAGACUUAUGAUGAAGAAGAUGCUGCCUUCUGCUUAGAGAUGCUACUGCGCAUAGUUAUGGAGAAUCGAGACCGUGUGUCGUGUGUGUGGCAGACAGUGCGUGACCAUCUCUGUCACCUCUGUGUCCACGCUAACGAGAGCUGCUUCUUGGUAGAGAGGGGUGUGGUGGGACUUCUUAGGCUUGCCAUCCGCUUGCUACGACGGGAAGAUAUUAGUUCCCAGGUGCUCCUUUCACUGCGUCUCCUGUUGAUGAUGAAACCACACGUUUUGUCCCGCGUCAGCAGAGAGGUGGCUUAUGGCCUUCAUGAGCUGCUAAAGACCAAUGCGGCAAACAUCCACAGCACAGACCAUUGGUAUACACUCUUCUCGCUGCUUGAAUGCAUUGGUGCUGGAGUGAAACCUCCCGCUUCCUUUCAGUUUACUUCUGCCAGCGCAGACAUCGAAACAGGUGCUCAGUCAGACAGUGAAUUGCCAUCCCACCAUUCAAGUGAAGUAAGCUUAGAUCGUGGCUAUACAUCUGACUCAGAGGUCUACACUGAACACAGCAAGGCCAGAAUACCUCGCUCCACAACAGAUGUGGAUGUAGCAAGCAGUGGAUGGCUGGUGGUCGGAAAAGAGGAUUUGGAAACGAGUAAGCCACCGCCAGUGAGCUCAAAAUCUCAACUCAAUCACCCCUUGGUCAACCAGUAUAGUCUGACACUGGGUCAGGACCUUGGCCAGCAUGACACCAAGUCUCUCAUCAAGUGUGUUGAAACACUGUCAUUCAUUGUCCGUGAUGCUGCACAUGUCACGCCAGACAACUUUGAGCUCUGUGUUCGAGCCAUCCGGGUAUUUGUAGAGGCUAGCCUAAAUGGAGGUUAUCGCAACCAUGAUAAGAAGAAGAGUCAUAAAUAUGACUCUGGCAAAUCUCGUUUGCGGAAGAAGCCUGGAGGAAAGGAUAAAGAGGGUGGGAAUGGUACAAGACGAGGCGGAAGCCGUGCUUCAAGUCACCGUUUAUCACGUUCCCAUAGUGAUGAUGAGGAGGACGAGGCUGUCCCAGCAGGUUACCACACGGUGUCAUUACAGGUUAGUCGGGAUCUUUUAGACUUGAUGCACACAUUGCACACUCGGGCUGCCAGCAUCUACAGCUCUUGGGCAGAAGAACAACAUAAUCGGGAAGCUGCGGGUAAAAAGAUUGAAGCUGAUUCCCAGACACUGUGGACAAGCUGCUGGUGCCCACUGUUGCAAGGCAUUGCUUGGCUGUGCUGCGAUGCCAGACGUCAAGUACGUAUGCAGGCUCUCAACUACCUCCAGAGGGCUCUGCUCGUACACGAUCUGCAGACGCUAGAUGCCACAGAAUGGGAGUCCUGCUUCAAUAAGGUGCUUUUCCCAUUACUGACCAAGCUGCUCAACAACAUCAGCCCAGCAGAUGUGGGUGGAAUGGAGGAGACCAGAAUGAGAGCCUGCACCAUCUUAUCAAAGGUUUUCCUGCAACACCUCCUGCCUCUGUUAUCUCUUCCUACCUUUGCUGCUCUGUGGCUCACCAUUCUGGAUUUCAUGGACAAGUACAUGCAUGCAGGAUCCAGUGACUUAUUGUUGGAGGCUAUCCCAGAAUCCCUGAAGAACAUGCUGCUAGUGAUGGAUACAGCAGAAAUCUUCCGCAGCGCAGAUUCUAAAACAAGAUACUCGGACUUGUGGGAAAUAACAUGGGAACGAAUUGACUGCUUCCUGCCUCACCUGAGAGAAGAGCUUUUUAAACAGACAGUUUUACCUGUUCCUUCAGAACCAGUGCCCAGUUCUCCAUCGGAGGUGCAACAACCAUCCUCAUCAGGCCGACCUCCUUCACCAGAAGGGUCUCUGGUUCCAGAACCCCAACAGCCGCCCUCCACAGUACCUAUUCCUGUAACUUCUGCAGAGCCUCGAACCCCCAGCAGGCCAGCAUCACCCCAGCAGCAAGCAGCCAAUUCCAAUGAGCCAGUGCAAUCAUCGCCGACGAUCUCUCCCAUGCCAGUGCCCUCACAACCCCCAGUAUCCUCACCCUUGAGCCAAUCCCCUCUUAUCAUCCAACCCCUUGCCUCUCCGCUGCAGGUUGGUGUCCCGCCCAUGUCACUGCCAAUCAUCCUCAACCCUGCUCUUAUUGAGGCCACGUCACCAGUACCACUACUCCCUGCUCCCAGACCUACAAACCCCUCUGACGAAGUGCAGUAG